UUCUGCUCAAGGGCGUACACACAAUUGCAGCGCGCCUCACCUCUGGACCACGAAGUGUAAUACCAGAAAUCAGCCAGCGACUAUUUUCAGUUCAUUACAGCUCAGCAACUCCAGCACUUCCUUUCACCAACACCAAUCGAAAAAAUGUCUGACAACGAAGUUGAGCAGGUCUACGAGGAGGAGUACGAGGCCGUUGAGGUCGAGGAGUUCGAGGCUGAGCCCGUUAUCGAGUCGACUCUUCUUCCUGAGGACGUCGUCCGGGAGAGCAACCAGGUCAAGCUGUUCAACAAGUGGACCUUCGAGGGAGUCGAGAUCAAGGACAUCUCCCUUACCGACUACAUCCAGAUCCGUCAGCCCGUCUACAUCUCGCACAGCGCCGGCCGAUACGCCAACAAGCGAUUCCGCAAGGCUCAGUGCCCCAUCAUCGAGCGUCUCACCAACGCGCUCAUGAUGAACGGCCGCAACAACGGCAAGAAGCUUCUCGCCGUCCGCAUCGUCAAGCACGCCCUUGAGAUUAUCCACCUUCUCACCGACCAGAACCCCCUCCAGGUCGUUGUCGAUGCUAUCGUCAACUGCGGUCCCCGUGAGGACUCCACCCGUAUCGGAAGCGCGGGUACCGUCCGACGACAGGCCGUCGAUGUCUCUCCUCUGAGACGUGUCAACCAGGCUAUCUCGCUCAUCACCAUUGGUGCUCGUGAGGCUUCUUUCCGUAACAUCAAGACCAUUGCUGAGUGCCUCGCUGAGGAGCUCAUCAAUGCCGGCAAGGGAUCGUCCAACUCCUACGCUAUCAAGAAGAAGGACGAGUUGGAGCGUGUCGCCAAGUCUAACCGUUAAAGAAUCUUAUGUUAUGUUGGUUCAUUUUUGUUGUUUUUAAGGAUUUCAAAAGUGUAUUUAGUGUACAAAAAUAAUCAUCAUCCUAUCAUUUAUGCUAUGUUCACGUUGUCCGUGUAUGAUACAAAGAGGGAAUCUUGACCUCAUAUGGAUGACGAGAAGAAAAGGUUUUUAUCUUUACCGUCUUAUUCUAAAGCUAAAAACAUAUAUUACAUGACAAAC